CAAACCUCUCUUGUCUUUGCCGCGAUUUAGUUCUGGGAGAUGAUCCUCAAUACACUCGAUGGACUCCCCAAGCAAUGAGUCGGACUCACCGGGGCUAGGGACUUCUGAGCAGAGCUAUCCCCCACGAGUCUGUCGCAUCUGCUUGGAAACAGUAUGGCCCACAGUUCAGCCCUCGGAAUUUCUCCAAAAACCUCGCUUGGUUUAUGAGUCCAGCGAUCCGGAAUCAGGUCGAUUGCUGCGCCCCUGCAAAUGCAAAGGAUCUUCGCGAUAUGUACACGAAGGCUGCCUGCAGUCCUGGCGACAUGCGAACCCUGGGUAUGGCACACGGAAUUACUGGGAGUGCCCGACCUGCGGUUUUCAAUAUCGCCUGGAGCGUUUGACGUGGGCUCGCUGGAUCAGUAGCACUGCUACCCAGAUGACCCUUACGCUGGCAAUUCUUCUAUUGACUAUUUUCUUACUUGGAUUUGUUGCUGACCCCGUCAUUGAGCUCUACGUCGGCCCCUUGGGUGAUGAAUACCUGGAGCUGGACGAAGAGGCCUCUUGGCUUGAACACUUUAUUAAAGGAUUUGCUGCCUUGGGACUGACGUCGUUCCUCAGGGCCUUGUUCACCCUCUCGCCGCCAUUCUGGAUCCGUGGCUCAGGUGUUGUGAGCAAUGGUCGGUCUACUGGACGCAACCGCGCUGCCAACUUGAACUGGCUAGUGAUUGUGGCGGGAGUUGCCACCUUCCUUUGGACCGUCUAUAAGGGUGUCCGGUCUUGGAGCAAACGAACCCUACAAUGGGCCGGUGAAAAGGUCAUGGACGUCCCCUUACCAGACGACGAGGAUGAGGAUGAAAUGGUACCCGAUGAACCCUCUACUCACCCAAAAACCGAGUAAUCAUAUCAAAAUCGCACUACUUAAGUUGCCGUCCUCCUUUCCGAUGAGACGUUGAUUAGUCAAUGUGCGAAGAACCAGUUUGCCUUCAUCAACUCUUGAUGGAAUCACCUGAGAGAUAGCUCCGGUAACUACUGGAACGUCUUGUUCCGCUGUUACUGGUCUGUUUCACUAUUCAGGCUUUCAUCUAGGGGAAGGCAAGACCACAUCUCAAUUAACUCAGAAGGCAUUCUUUUUGUCAGGGUCACUCAUGUGACUCUGACACUAUUCACGAUGCAUUCGGGGAUUGAGAAGUGGAAUAUAUCUACAGUAAUAAUAAGUAUAAUAGG